UCUUGCCACUUGAACCGUCUGAAUGAGUCGUCCUCUGUAUUUGUUUUCGUUAAGUCGAGGAUAGACGUUUAUUCGCAGCCAUUUACGAUUUAAAAUUUACUUACAUUUUCUUGGUUAACCAGUUUUUUUGGGAUCUAAAUUUUGAUUUUGAAUCAGUGCGCAAAUUUUUAUUCAUGAUCUUCUAGAUACUUUGGUGUGCGGAAUGGUUGACUAUGGUCUCUAAACACUUUUGGGAUUUCCAACCCAGGGCGCCUCUGGUGAAGCUAUGGACGAUGUUGCUAUGCCAAAAACCACUGAGGAUUACAGUUGCAGGCUGUGCUAGAAGGUCGCCCUGGUUGUUGUAUACGCAUCUCUAAACUAACCCAGCUCCAUGUAGUCUUUUCAAUCGCAUCUUAUAUUAAAAAAAUCGAAAAAAAUUGUGUGGCUUUCUGUGUAACGUCUGGACCGAUGUUCCAUCAUGGAAUCCAUCACGGAAUCGAUGUCUGCGUAUUCCACACUUAUUACGUAAAACAUAAAACCCCGUUGUAUUCUCCACUGACUGCUGCGCAGUUGACAGCACGAAAUGAGCCUAGAUGAAGGCAUCGCGGAAGGAAAUGCCACCAUUUCCUACGUCCCGUAUCGGACGCUUAAUACGUUUGGUGAUUCUGGAACUAUCGGCACAAUCGUGAAGUUUGACGACUAUGAAGAGUUACUGUGGACGGCGUCGAAAGAGGGACGAAUCUCGUCUUAUUGCGGUCCCUACUUGUCCAGAUAUACUACCUUCUCAACGCUAUACGAUGCAGAGCUCAAGGAUAUGUGCGUCACGGACCCUGGUAUUCUUACACUGACAUCAUGCGGACUGAACCUGCACAAACGUGGAGGUGGCCUGCUUUAUGCUACGGGGCUAUCUAGCCCGGGAGUUUUCUCUUCCUGCUUAGCCGUUUCCGCCGCCACAACUUGUUAUCCGAAUGGAAGCAUUGUCAUUGCCGGAAAGCAUGGAUCUGCCCGCAAGUUAAAUUUGGAACGACCUGAUUACAUUGAGAAUCUCCAGAUUGCCGACAUUGAUACGGUAUUUCUACGAGGAUCCGAGCGGUAUUUGUGUUUUGCGUCCAGCGGCGGCGACAUCAGCAUAGUCGACCUUCGUUCUAAUCAAGCACGCCACCAUCGCGCCAUACCGGAUAGUAUGAUAUUGUGCGAUGUAGAUGUGUAUGAUUAUUCGUUGUUUAUGUGCGUACAUGGAGUGGACAGCAUCGACAACAUUCUUCCAAGUUAUUCGCUGAGCGUUUAUGAUUUGCGCGUCUGUAAGGCAACAUCCCCGAUCAAUACCUGUCUUGCUCCCAGUUUAGUUCGUUUUAUGCCAAAAUCCUUUGGACAAUACUGUGUGGCUGUGGACAUGGAAGGCCGAUUCCAGUUUAUUAACAGUUUUGCCAGUGCGGAAGUAUGCGAAGAGGUUCAUCGACUGGGAAACUUUGCGGCUGCACCAGUCAGCAUUGAUUUUUCUAGCUCAGCGAAUAGCUUUGUUAUUGGCGACGCCGCUGGACUUGUGCACAUAUUCUCACGGGGAAAUCCCUCCUCCCAUCCGCAGUGGAAUUCGCAUUCGCGCCCUUGUGCAGUUCCAGAGCUUUUGUACCAUAACAUCGGGCAUACUGCGUCUGCGCAUUAUAGAAGUGAUGGCCCUUCCGCUGGGACAAGUCAUCCUCUUUUGCGAAGCCAAAUAAAUUCCCAAAGUUGGCCAACCACGUCAACAGCGGGUCUGGAAUCACCACAAAAGAGUGUUGCGCUGGAAGUGGCAGAGGGCCGUCCGGUGGGACUGCCAAAAGACUCACCUGUGCCGUUCACUCCGACCAAUGGGUGCAAGGCCGAUACGGUGUCAAUGGGCCGCAGCCGGUCGCGGAUGCCGCAGAUCAGCUGGAGGGAAUUUAAUUCCUCGAACCUGCCAGCCCUGGAACCGGAACUUCCUAGUUCUUACUGUAAUGGUAUACUGCAAGCUUUGUACAACAUUGGCCCGCUGGCGGCGAUCUUCCAGAAUCAUCACUGUUAUAAUGAGUUCUGCCUGUCAUGUGAACUGGGAUUUCUUUUCCAUAUGAUGAAUGUUGCUGGGUCAGAAGAGCCUUGCCAGGCCAGUAAUUUGUACCGUGUUAUCCGUUCGAUGGACAGUGCCGUUCAUCGUGGGCUGGUCAUUAGCGAAGUGGACGAUCUCUCUGGUACGAUGCCGCAGAUUCUUCUACAACAGUGGAUACAGUUCGUUUUGGAGCAUACUCAUAAGGAACUGAUGCAUGACGGUUACUAUGCGAGUCAGGACUCCAGUAUAUCCCGGUUAGCUUCGGUGCGCGUCCUGGAUACCAUUACGCACACUUGUGGGCACAUCUCACAAGAGCAAAGGACGCUUUUUACCUUGCCACUUCGCUAUUUCGGAGCGCAGAAUCAUCGGGGUCAAGAUUUGCACUAUAUCUUGCGGAAUACGCUGAACGAAUGUUCGGAGUGGGUUCUGCAUUGCGAUACUUGUGGAUUUGAGAAUGUUGCCUGCUUUACACGCAACGUAACCUCGCUCCCAGAAAUUUUUGUUUUCAACUUUCGACUGGACAACGAAAAUAACGCUACAGCAAUGAAACAGACUCUGGCCAAUUGGACCAUCCAGCAGCUGAUAAAGAAAAAGGCCGAAAGUUCACCUUUAACGUUAAAAGAUGUUAAGGCUUGCCGAUACGGUGCUCAGUGUAAUCGCAUGGACUGCCUCUUCUUGCAUCCUCGGGAUAUCGAAGCAGAAUGUUCGAAAUCGGACCCGCCAACGUUCAUCCCAACGUCCCUCUGGAUGAACAUCGGUAGUGAUGGCAAAACGGAGGUGGUGAACACGCGACCAUUAGGACGCCAAAAAUGGACUGAGUACGAAGUGGCUGCCGUCACUUAUAUUGCUCGCUGCAAGGAAAAGGGAGAUUCGCAAAGUUUUGUUAGCGCCAUCAAAGUGAGGAAUAGAAGUGGCGGAGCUGAUCCCUGGCAUUUCUUUGAUGAUCUGAUAAUAACACCGGUUUCUCAGCGAGAAGCACUUCACUUUGAUCUAAAUUCCCGCAUACCUUGUACGGUAUUUUAUGCUCGAGCGGACGUGCAGAAGAGAUGGCCGACCACGGUGGAUAAUCCGAUUACGCGAGAUAUCUUCCUGCGCUACUGCGAACAGAGUAUACCGCCCGGUCAUCACGAACCGAGCUCCAUCAUUCCUAUUCAGGAGACAGAAUGCUUUGGACCGAGCGAUGUCGUAGCACUGGAUGCAGAAUUUGUUUCUCUCAGCGACGGCGAAGUGGAAUUCCAUGCGGAUGGAACUAAGUCUAUUAUUAAGCCCUCUAUGAUGUCUCUGGGCCGGGUGACCGUCGUGCGGGGUCAUGGAGUGCUGGCUGGUACACCCUUUAUGGAUGAAUAUGUUGUGGCUAGAGACAAGAUCGUUGAUCACCUGACGGAGUUUUCCGGUAUCCAGCCGGGAGAUCUGUGUGCUGAUUUCUCCUCUAAACGGCUGCAAACGUUAAAAUCUGUUUAUGUGCGGCUGCGUUACCUCGUUGAUCAGGGUGUGAGGUUUAUCGGUCAUGGAUUAAACAACGACUUCAGAGUUAUUAACAUAAAGGUGCCAAAAGAUCAAAUCAUCGAUACUGUUCAACUUUUCCGUUUACCGGAUCAGAGGCUGAUAUCACUAAGGUUCCUAGCAUGGUACUUUCUGGGUAGCCACAUCCAGAUUCAUUCACAUGAUUCCAUUGAAGAUGCCCAAUCCGCCUUAUACCUGUACCAGAAAUACGAGGCACUCACCAAAGAUUCCUCCAAAUCUGAUGGCAGCACAUUUGUUAAAGUGCUUACACAAAUGUACGAAAUCGGCAGAUCUCUCCAGUGGAAAAUUCCUGUUCCCGAAUCAUAGUUUUGACUGUAGUGGUCACCGAUGUUUUAUGCGGUACACUUCACCGUCUGCAUGUUCUGCAACCGUGUUCAGUAUUUUUUUAUGUUCUAUUCCGCAUUUAAAUUUUUUCCUUGUCUGUGUUUGUGGUUUUAAUUACUUACGUUUUUAAUUUUUUCACCUAAAUGCGGUCUUCUUUAUUCAGGUUUUAUUCGUAAAAACUUUGUGAUAAAAACUGAUUUUAGACAAAUGGCUACAACAGUGAGAUCUGGCCAAACACUCGGGUAUCGAAAGUUUUAAAAAAGAAAAACAUUGUCA